AUGUCGACCGCAUUCGCUAACUUCCAGCAGAAAAUGAACUCUCUCCGCAUCGAGGCGGAUGAGAACGCUGCAAAGGCCGAAGAACUCAAGGCGAAAGUCAAAGAGUUGGAGCAAGAUAAUCUUCAAAAGGAACAAGAGAUCACUUCCCUCACACACCGCAAUGGCCUUCUGGAGGCCGAGGUCGAGAAACUAGAAACAGCCAUCAAAGACGCGAAAGCCGCGGCUGGCCAAGCCUCAGAACACAGCAAUCUCAAUGAAGCUCUCCAGCGGAAAGUUCAAGUCCUCGAGGAAGAAGCCGAGGUUGCCGACAAGACUUUGAGAGAGACCAGCGAGAAACUGCGUCAAACCGAUGUCAAGGCGGGCCAUUUCGAGCGCAAGGUUCAAGCCCUGGAACAAGCACGCGAUGAAUGGGAGGCCAAAUACGAGGAGAUGGCCAAGAAGCACGCAGACCUUCAAAAGGAGCUUCAAGAAUUGGAGCAGAGCAUGGGAAACAUUUAA